AAGAAAAUAUCCUGUAUAUAAACACCUUUCUGUCUUCAUUCUCAGGGUUUGCUUCUGUGCCCGGGAAAGGGAGUUGCUGUUCGUAUUCUAGCCUGGCAUGGGCUUUCCAGACACGAUGUUCCAUCUCUGCCCCUUGGAAUGUGAUGGUUGAGCAAUGCAGACAAAGCAGUUUCUUCAAUUCCUUGACGGCUGAUGAGCUGUGGAAAGGAGCUUUGGCAGAGACUGGUGUGGGAGUAAAGAAAGGAAGAGGAAAGAGAAGGAAGAAAAAGCUAAGGAAGAAUCUCAAUAGAGGCCAGGAGAUUGGAGAAGGACGUUCUGGUUUCCUCUGGCCUGGCCUUAAUGCUCCUGUGUUACAAAGUGGGAGAGUCCAGACAGUUACCCAGAGAAAGAAAGAAGAACAAGAGAGAAUUCAGUCUGAAAUAGUUAAGCAGAGAGAUACAUGGGAGAAGAAAAGAAAAAUAAAAGUAAAGAGAGAGGGAGGAUGGAGUGGAAAAUGCUGGGGAGGUGUACUUCUGGAUCCUCCUGACCCAGGUCCUAACGGAGAAACUUAUGAAGAUUUUGAAACAAGAGUCAUUGAG